ACCACUAUAUUGCUUAACCUCAUUCCUGUACCACCCAAGUUCAUCUAUAUAUCUUUGCAUUUCUUCACUAUGGUUUUCCUUGAAUCUUUGGUCAUUCUCAUUUUCCUUUGUUUUUUAGUUUUUCAUUACAAACCUCAAAACCUCAAAACCCUUCUGGAUAGAAAUUGGAUGCCUCUUGGUGUGUUUUCUAAAACCCUCACAAAGUUGCAUCGACUCCAUGAUUUACUCACUAGGAUUCUAAAUUGUAGUGGUGGGACUUUCAUGUUUAGAGGACCUUGGUUCGCUAACAUGGAUAUGCUUAUUACCACAGACCCAUUAGAUAUCCACCAUGUUUUGAACAAGAACUUCUCUAAUUAUCCAAAAGGCCCAAAAUUUCGUAAAAUAUUUGAUAUCCUCGGAGAUGGAAUCUUUAAUGUCGAUGGGCAUUUAUGGGAGAUCCAACGCAAAACCAUCAUGUCCCUCUUUAGGCAACCCAAUUUUUUAAGUGUUUUCGAAGUGAUUGUUUGGAAUAAGGUGGAAAUAGGGCUUUUACCGGUGUUAGAAUCUAUUUGCAAACCAGGCAAGGAGACAGAUUUGCAGGAUAUAUUCCAAAGGUUCACUUUUGACACUAUAUGCACGUUGCUCUUAGCUUUUGACCCAAAAAGCUUGUCUCUUGAUUUCCCUUUCCUUCCUUAUGAGAAGUCGUUAUCGGACAUUGAAGAAAGUAUAUUGUAUAGGCAUUUUACGCCCCCAAUAUUUUGGAAAUUGCAACAACUACUUAGAAUGGGGAAUGAGAAGAAGUUAAGUGAUGCAUUUAAUGCUUUUGAUCACUUCGUGUGCAAGUGCUUAGCUAGAAUACAACACGAGUCCAGUAGUAUUGAUAUAGAAAGUGAACAUGGAAGGAAACAUUUUGGAUUAGCAUCAUUGAUUAGAGAAUUCAAACACCAAAGUGGAAGUAGUGGAGACCCCAACAAGUUUUUAAAAGAAACCAUAAUGAACCUAAUUGGUGUUGGGAGAGAUACAACUAGCACAACUCUCUCAUGGUUUUUCUAUCUCAUUGCAAAUAAUCCCAUCGCAGAGGACAAGAUCCGAGAGGAGAUUCACACGUUUCUGCAGGUGAAAGUAAAAGAUCAGAAGAACUGGAAUUCCAAAGAGUUAGGCAAACUGGUUUAUCUUCAUGGGGCUCUAUGCGAAGCCCUGAGGCUUUACCCUCCUGUUCCUUUUAACCACAAAACUCCAUUACAGCCAGAUAUACUUCCAAGUGGCCACCACGUUAAUCAAAAUACCAAGAUUGUGCUAUAUUUCUAUGGCAUGGGAAGGAUGAAAACGAUAUGGGGUGAGGACUGCAUGGAAUUUAAGCCUGAAAGAUGGAUUUCAAAGGAAGGAGGAAUCAAACAUGAAGCUUCUAACAAGUUCUCGGCAUUUAAUAGUGGGCCAAGAACUUGUAUUGGUAAGGACAUGAGUUUCACUCAGCUAAAGAUAGUAGCUUCUACGAUCAUUUAUCAUUAUCACAUUAAGUUGGUAGAAGGUCACAUCGUGUGUCCAAGUGCUUCAAUAGUACUUCAGAUGAAGCACGGGUUAAAAGUGAGGUUAAGCAAACUAAGUGAAGUGAAUAUAUGAGCCAAAUAUUCUGGAAAAAGGUGAUAUAUCUUGUGUGAGACUACAAUAUAUGCUUUGUUUCGUUUAUGAAUUUUUAAUAUUUCUUAAUAAAUCCUCACGGAUAUAUGUAUGCUAAGAACAUAUACUCAACUAUCACAUCAUGUUUCUAAGUAUCCACAUAGAAGCUGGUAUGCAAUAUGUAUCUCAUAUCUCAGUUUGUGGAA